CUUGCAUGGGUCUAGAUUUCUCUACUUAGGCAAAGGAUUGAGAUAUUUCAUCUGAAAAUGAAAACCAUAAUUCUUCUUGGGCUACUAGGAGCCACAAUGUCAGCCCCACUUAUCCCACAGCGCCUUAUGUCUGCAAGCAACAGCAAUGAGUUACUUCUGAAUCUUAAUAAUGCUCAACUUCAGCCACUACCAUUUCAGGGCCCAUUUAAUUCAUGGAUUCCUCCUUUCUCUGGGAUUCUACAACAGCAGCAGCAAGCUCAAAUUCCAGGGCUCUCGCAAUUCUCUUUAUCAACUCUUGAUCGGUUUGCUGGACUGUUCCCAAACCAAACACCUUUCCCAGGACGGGUUAGUUUUGCCCAAGGAACCCAGGUGGGACAGCAGGACCCCUCACAGCCUCAAACACCACCACAGACCCAGCAGAGCCCUAAUCAUGUUAUGCCCUAUGUGUUCUCCUUCAAAAUGCCUCAAGAACAAGCACAGAUGCUUCAGUACUAUCCAGUCUACAUGCUCCUACCCUGGGAGCAAUCUCAACAAACAGCCCCACAGUCACCUCCACAAACAGGACAACAGCAAUUUGAGGAGCAGAUGCCAUUCUAUACUCAGUUUGGAUAUGUUCCAGUACAAGUAGAACCUGUUAUGCCAGGAGGACAGCAGCAAUUAGCCCUAGAUCCCGUCCUAGGCACAGCUCCUGAAACUGUUGUAAUGGUAAGAUCCCGAGUGAUACCAUACUUACAAAAAGAAGUGAUCAACUUUAAGCAUGCCAAUGGAGGAAUUUUUGUUCCUUCAACCUCACAAACACCCAGCACUACAAAUUAUUUUGCUCCUGCUAUUGACCCAACUAUUACCCCAGAGUUGAUGGAAAAGAAGGCCAAGACUGAUUACUUAAAGGAACCGACAUUUCUGAGUAAGAUGAGAGUUCUCCUUCUGAUCACAGCCAUUCUGGCUGUAACAGCUGCUUUCCCGGUCAGUGGGAGUGACGAAUCACCUUUACAGUUUUAUGGGCCCCCUUACCAAUACCCAUAUGGCCCAUAUCCACCAUUCCUGUAUCAAAGAUAUCCAUGGUUUAGAUAUUAUUUUCCUUUUCCAAUACCUCUCUCUGUCCCUACAUUUACUCCUCCUAAUGGACAGUAA